AUAAUAAUAAUAACAAUAAUAAUAAUAACAAUAAUAAUAAUAAUAAUAAUAAUACUAAUAUUAAUACUAAAGUAUUAUUCCUUGAUUAAUUCGCAUGAAACCGGACGGCUGAUUAAUGUGUUAGUUGUGAUGGGAGUGCCUGCGCGGGGAGCACUUGCGGCAAUCAUAGCCUUCACCGCGUUUGCCGUUUAUCUAAAUAGCCUAAGUUGCGAUUUCGUCUUUGACGAUAUUUCGGCGAUCAAGGAUAAUCGUGAUUUAAGGCCGCAUACACCCCUGAAGAAUGUAUUUUACAACGAUUUCUGGGGAACCCCCAUGCACAAGGAACAAUCACACAAGUCAUACAGACCACUUUGCGUUCUCACAUUCCGGUGGAAUUACCUGAUUCACCAGCUUGAUCCUAUGGGAUAUCAUUUGCUCAAUGUCAUUCUACAUGUUGGAGUGUGUCUAUUAUACUUCAGAAUCUGUUUGAUGUUUUUAUCUGACUUGGGAAGUCUUGUAUCUUCCUUGCUGUUUGCUGUACAUCCAAUACAUACAGAAGCCGUUACAGGAGUGGUUGGAAGAGCUGAAACUCUGUCUUCACUAUUUUAUCUGGCAGCUUUAAUCACAUAUACUAAGUGUUGCAAAAGUAAAAAAUCUACAGGAUGGAAAUCACUGAUAUUAUCUAUGUUUUUUGUAUUUACCGCUAUGUUAUGUAAAGAACAAGGAAUAACAGCCACAGCUGUGUGUGUCUUAUAUGAAAUUUUUGUUGUACAAAAGGUUAAGGCAUCGGAUAUUGCUUUAGCAAUAAAAUAUGCAUUCGAUGGUAAAAAACUAUCGCCAACAUGGUCCAGCGAAGGUACAAAGCGUUUAACAGCACUCACUGCUGUUACAUUUAGCUUAUUGAUUUUACGAUUACACGUAAUGGGUUCGAAAUUACCUGUUUUUACCAGAUUUGACAAUCCAGCAUCAGUUGCUGCAACACCUACAAGGCAACUUACGUACAAUUAUCUCGCAGCAGUUAAUUUAAGAUUACUUUUUCUACCAAGCGAUUUAUGUUGUGAUUGGACAAUGGGAACGAUACCAUUGGUAGAAAGUUUUACGGAUAUUCGCAAUCUUGCAACUAUAGCCACCCAUGGUACCAUUUUAGGAUUAUUGGCAACAGCCACUUUAACACGAAAUAGACAAACAUCUGUUAUUCUUAUAAUGAGUUUAGCAAUGAUGAUUUUACCAUUUUUACCUGCGUCAAAUCUUUUCUUUCCUGUUGGAUUUGUCAUUGCUGAAAGAGUUUUGUAUGCUCCUUCAAUGGGUUUUUGUAUGCUCGUUGGAUAUGGAUGGAGUAUUUUAUCUAUGAGAAAAUUUAAAAAACUGACAUUAUUUCUAUUAAUAACACUUUUGGCCGCUCAUUCAACAAAGACAUUUAUGAGGAAUUACGAUUGGUUGGAUGAAUAUUCUAUAUUUAUGUCUGGUUUAAAAGUUAAUGAUCGGAAUGCUAAGCUAUUUAAUAAUGUGGGUCAUGCAUUGGAAGAUCAAGGUCGAUUUAAAGAAGCUCUUAAUUUCUUUAAUAUGGCUGUACAAGUUCAAGGUGACGAUAUUGGUGCUCAUAUUAAUGUUGGUCGCACAUAUAAACAUCUGAAAAUGUUUAAGGAAGCAGAAGAUGCUUAUUUGAAGGCAAAAUCAUUAUUACCAAAAGCAAAGCCAGGUGAAUCUUAUCAAGCACGUAUAGCACCUAAUCAUUUAAAUGUCUUUGUCAAUUUGGCUAAUUUAAUAGCCAAAAAUGCUACGAGAUUAGAAGAGGCUGAUUUAUUAUAUCGUCAAGCUAUCAGCAUGCGUGCUGAUUAUACUCAAGCCUAUAUUAAUCGUGGCGAUGUUUUAAUUAAACUCAAUCGUACAAAAGAAGCUCAGGAGGUUUAUGAACGAGCAUUAUUUUACGACAGUAAUAACCCGGAUAUUUACUAUAACCUUGGAGUUGUCUUUUUGGAACAAGGAAAAGCGUCGCAAGCUUUAGCCUAUCUCGAUAAAGCUCUUGAAUUUGAUCCAGAACAUGAGCAAGCAUUAUUACAUUCAGCUAUAUUACUUCAUGAAUUAGGACGUGCUGAAUUACGCAAAGUAGCACGUGAAAGACUUUUAAAAUUACUGAGAAAAGAUUCGAACAAUGAACGCGUUCAUUUUAAUCUUGGAAUGUUAGCCAUGGACGAUCACGACAGUGGCAGUGCUGAACGUUGGUUUCGAAAUGCUGUAGCUUUGAAGGAAGAUUUUCGAUCGGCUCUUUUCAAUUUGGCUUUAUUAUUAGCAGACGAGCAACGUCCACUCGAAGCAGUACCAUUUUUAAACCAAUUAGUUAGGUUCCAUCCGGAUCACGUUAAAGGCCUAAUUUUAUUAGGAGAUAUUUAUAUAAAUAACAUCAAAGAUUUGGAUGCUGCUGAAAAUUGUUAUCACAGAAUAUUACAAAUGGAUCCAACGAAUAUUCAAGGAUUACAUAAUUUGUGUGUAGUAAUGGUAGAACGUGGUAAAUUGGGAUUAGCGGAACAAUGUUUGGAACGUGCCGCAAGAUUGGCUCCUCAUCAAGAAUAUGUGCACAGACAUCUUGCUAUUGUAAAAGCUCGUAUUAAUCGUUUGCCACGCGAACAACUGGACACUGAAAUAUUCGACGAUUCAUUCUGGACUAGUAACGGUCAAGACAGAAGUUACAAUAAUGAUUUAUCAAAUAACCAGUUCUUGGGUAAAACAGAUACUAUUUUUGCCAAUCAUGCAAUAGUUCACAAUCAUAUAGGAAAUAAACCAAGCAAUACUGAUCCUUUGAAAAAUCAUAUUGUAAAUCUUGAUGAUCCAAAUAAAUCUGUUCAAGUAUUGAAUGGCAUUUCGGAAAACGCAAGGAAUAAAGAUAAUAAACAACAACAACAACAAAAGGUAGUAGAAUCAACUAAUAUUAUAGAACCUACUACAAACGAGGUGUUCAAUCAGAUCAUAAGCAGAGACGUCACGGAAUUGGAUAUUGCUCCGAAACUUGAAAUAAUGAAUGCUAAUCAAUUCAACCUGAAUGCAUCAUUGCUCUCUGGCACCAAGCAUACAGGUACCUUACAACAAACGGAAAACAGUACGCUGUCAUAGUAUAAAUGUUAAUCCGCCGACUAUACAGAUAUAAUACACAUGGAGAAGGAUUAUGAUGGUAUAGCCAUAUAGAGCUAACAUGUGAAUAUAAAAUAAAUACAGAGUAUUGUUUUAUAUGCUGUAUAAAUAGGAUGUUUUAUAAAAUAUAUUUAAAAAAAAAAAAAAAUC